AGGAUGAUGACGGACAAGCGCAGGGGGAGGGGAGCGGUCAGCAUGGGGAGACGCGGGGGAAUGACGAGCGGCGCGCCGGGCGGCUUGGCAGCAUGGCGUCCGUUGCCUUGAGCGAGGCCGAGAAGGUGUAUAUAGUGCACGGCAUUCAGGAAGACCUCCGUGUGGAUGGCCGUGGCUGUGAGGAUUACCGAUGUGUUGAAGUGGAAACCGAUGUGGUGUCCAACACCAGCGGGUCUGCCAGGGUCAAGCUGGGUCACACAGACAUCUUGGUGGGAGUGAAAGCGGAAAUGGGAACGCCGAAGCUGGAGAAACCAAAUGAAGGUUACUUGGAGUUCUUUGUUGACUGUUCAGCCAAUGCUACCCCUGAAUUUGAAGGUCGAGGAGGUGAUGAUCUUGGCACGGAGAUUGCUAACACCCUCUCCCGGAUAUUUAACAAUAAGAGCAGCGUGAACCUCAAAUCCCUCUGCAUUAGUCCUCGGGAGCACUGCUGGAUUCUCUAUGUGGACGUGCUGUUGCUGGAAUGUGGUGGAAAUUUGUUUGAUGCCAUCUCUGUUGCUGUGAAGGCUGCUCUAUUCAAUACAAGGAUCCCAAGAGUUCGUGUUCUAGAGGAUGAAGAGGGGUCAAAGGACAUUGAACUAUCUGAUGACCCUUAUGACUGUGUUCGGUUAGGUGUGGAGAAUGUCCCUUGCAUCGUCACCCUGUGCAAAAUUGGUUAUCGGCACGUGGUGGAUGCUACUCUUCAGGAGGAGGCCUGCUCCUUGGCCAGCUUGCUGGUAUCCGUGACCAGCAUGGGAGUUGUGACAUGCAUGAGGAAAGUGGGGAAGGGCAGCCUGGACCCAGAAAGCAUCUUUGAGAUGAUGGAGACUGGCAAACGAGUGGGCAAGGUGCUGCAUGCCUCCCUGCAGAGUGUUCUGCACAAGGAAGAAAGCCUGGGGCCCAAGAGACAGAAAGUUGGAUUUCUAGGGUGAUUCGUGCAUCAACCCUCUACUGUGGAGUGUUUGUUUUUACUUUUCCUUUUAAGCCAAAGUUUGUAUACAUUUUUCUUAAUUGUUAAGAAUAUUAGGCCACAUUUAUAAACAUAAAAUUAAAGUCUAUUUUCUGGUCUGGUUUGGUGUGGCUAGAGUUCUUCAGCUGUAAGCCAAAAUGCCAUUCACUGACUCCCUGGAAAUCCUGAUCCUCGUCCAGUGAAUGGCAGUCAAGUUUGGGCUGUAGUCACGGGCUUCCCCAAGGUAAUCGUUUAUCUCCUGUUGCAGGAAUGCAAAACAACUCCAACCCCCCUAGAAUAAGGACAUAAGAGAAAAAUGGCUUAAAAGAAAUGUUAAUGAAAAGUAGUUUGUGAAUUUUUUUCCCCUAUAGAGCUUUCAAAAUAAGAAUCACCAUAAACAAAAGAUUCGUUUUCCCUGUAGUUAAGUGCUUGUGGGGGAGAAGAAAGGAGGAGGCACAUGCUCCAAGUACAGACCCAGGGCUUCCAGCAGGCUGAGAGCCUCCCUGAGUCCUGCGUAGCCCAGUUCUUGCUUCCUCUCCUCCACGAGAUCUGGGUGAAGCUCCCUAGGGGGAGGGGCUCAGCAGCCAUUUUGGUCCUUGGUCAACCUUAUCACUCUUGUUUUGAAAUUGCUUUGUGUCUUAUAACCACUCCCAGGUGUUUUGUAAGAUAUCCAAGUUUUAUCAACAUUAAGAAUGCUGUUUUAGAGAUGUUGUCAUUUGAUUCCUCAGCCUGCCUUCCUACUCGAGGAACAGAAGGGAAGGCCAUUCUAAAUGGCUCCAGAAGGCUCUUCUUAUAAGCCUGCAUUCUCCUCACAAUGUAGUAUGUUGGAAUAAAGUCUGUUCAUGGGUUAA